AUGGAGUGCGACAUCUGUCAUCGAGAACAUGACGUCCAAAAACGGCCAUUUCUCUGUGCAGUCGAUGCGCGCAACAGCCUGUACGAGCUUCGCAUAAAGAAUCUACAGGCUCUUUUUGAGAAUGAAAAGCUCCAGGGCGACGUCAAUGAAUUGUAUGCCGACCCUGGUAAAAACAAAAACAGCCAGGGUGAUAUCAAACAGACCAUAGCAAAACAGCAUAUCGCAGAGGACCGGACCGAUGAAAUUCUCGCCUCAGCCAACAAGUUGAAAGAAGAGAUACAGGCAGCCAGAGAAGAGAUACGGGCUCGAAAAGCCGCCUUGGCCCGCAGGAAAUCCGACCUGGCAUCUGUCUCGGAUGGUUUGCUGGAACGACGAGUGAAGCAGCAGCAAGAAUUGGACAAAUCUACUCGAGCAGUCAGAUUUCGUUGGGCUCAGAGAGCCGAAGCAACUGCCAACACUCGUGCAUUUCUAUGUACUGAGGCCAUUAGGCUAUACGGCCUAAAAAGAACUAAGAAGGGCGGUUCCAGCAGAUACGAAUACCAGCUUGGCAGAGCGCCUAUUAUUGACUUGACUGCUAUGGAUUCCUACUCACCAGAGGUUAUAUCCACUUCGCUUGCUCAUGUAGCGCACAUAUUGAUUUUGACGUGUCAUUAUCUCUCUGUCCGCCUCCCGGCUGAGAUAACGCUCCCUCAUCGAGAUUACCCUCGACCGACAAUUUUCAAUCUCAACAAUUCAUACCAGCACUCUCACGUCUCGUUUCCUAGUUUCUCGGGGUCAUCGUCGUCACCAUCUCACUCUCGCGGAACAGAUACUCAGCAAGUGCCGAGACCAAGGCCUCUGUUCGUUGACAAGCCCUUAACACAGCUCGCAAAGGAGGACCCUUCCACUUACUCGUUCUUUCUCGAGGGUGUUACUCUUUUGGCGUACAACAUAGCCUGGCUAUGUUACUGCCAAGGCGUCUCCAUCGGCGAUCCAAAUAACUUGGAAGACAUUUUCAACAUUGGGCGCAACCUAUACAGCUUCCUAAUGAGCGCCCAGGCACACGACUUCCAUACCAUUGGCAUAAAGGUCCCAGGCUGGGGAUCUGACGGUGAGGAAAUAGUUGAAGAGACGCAGGGAAACUGGCUAGGCCGAUAUUCCCAUGGCGGAACAUUCUAUUUCUUAGGCGGUCCUGAGGGUACCGAGUUGGCUCGGAGCUUCAAGCUACCAAGUCCGAUGAAGUUGGCAGACAAACUGAAGAAGCGGCUUAUAGGAGAUGCGCCAGCUCCGGACUGGGAGGUUCUGGAUGAUGAUGCUUGGAAAAUUGAAGAUAUACCUGGCGCCGACGCCGGGUCUGCCAAUGUUCCAGGCGCCCCAGAUAAGUCCAACGAUGCCAAAACCACUCCUCGUUCUGGGACCAAUGGUUGGACCAAGGUUAAACAUAGAUGA